UACUGUGCCUCGGUAUUUCAUUUUUUCAAGCAGUGCUAAUUUUUAUCUAUAACAGAAAUGAAAGCUUACGCUUUAAUUUUUAAAGUCACUCUUUAAUUACUUCAGGCUUCUUAGGUGCCCAUUUACAAUAAGAGUAGCGUAUGUCACUUGUCAGCUAUAUUACUAAACUUAACUUUUGAAAACCACAGAGCCCAAAGAUGUUUCAUUAUAGAUUAUGUAUGCAUUAACAACAAGUAAACAAAGAAAACAAAGUAAACAAAGAAAAGUAAAAUUUGUUUCCACAAAUUUCUUUUAAAUGUAGCUUCUAUUUGGAGCGUACACAUUAGUUUAUUCUGGUUUAAGAGAUUAGUCCAUCUCUGGAAAGCGUUACAUAAAGCCUUUAUUUGUACCCCAUUCGUAAUGUCCUGCGUGCUUUGUUCCUGGCGGAUGAGUAACACGCCAGUCUUCAGAGUAAAUCCUCUAAACUUGGCUUCGGUUUCCCGCAUUCCAUACCAGAUUUCCACAUGAUGCCAAGUUGAUUUUAGACAACCAUUCCUGAUGUAGCUAGCACUGUGGUGCAGGCUUGCAUGUCUAUAUCUCAGUGAUUUAAGAGGUAACUAACUACAUGUGCAAAGCAGCACUAAAAACAAAAAACAACUUGCUGUGUUCUUUGUUAGGUUAACUUGCAAGGUAACAAACUGAAAAGAGAUGACAGUCUUUAUUUAGAACAUAACGUAUCGGAUAUUGGGAGGGUUAUUAAACGGCUAAAAAAUAAGAUGGGUUACAUGGGUUUAACUUAACCGCUACGUGUUUUAAAAUGCAAUAGAUUAAAAAACGAGUAAAGAGCCUGUCCACGUAAAUGAAAAGACGGAUAGCAUAUAACAUUGUAAAACAGAAAAGCAGCAAGUUUUAUUUUAUCCCAUAACUACACCUCACGCAUUUAGCUGGCUAGCUAUUAGCUUGUUCAGAAUCAUAGCAGAUCUGUCGGAUCUGAAAGCCUAUACCAACAAUAAAAUUUGUUAAAUGGAAAAAGAAAUUGUACUCAGAAAGCUGUUAUAUAGCUGUUAUAUAGCAAAACACGUCUCUGCCGUUUUGCCCUUCUGCAAAUGGCCACGGUCCAUUGACAAGUGGCUGACUUGAAGACAACUAAAUUAGCGCCUGCGCAUUACCCAGGUCUGAGUGCCCGAUACAAGAUGGCGGAGUCGGUGGGGCGGGAGAGGCGGAGGCGGGUCCGGACUGAAUAGAGCCAAGCCUAUAGAAGGCUCCUAGCAAACCUCACCAAGACAGGACAGGUGAGGAGCUAUGACGAGUGAAAACUACAGAACAGUAAAGGGAGACGCGGGAAUGGUCAUGUCGCCCACCGGGUCCUCUACACAGGGCUCCCCCUUAACGCCCUCUACUAGUAAACCAAUUCAAGAGCUGCCAGAUGAGCUGAUUCAGGCUGGGUGGGCAAAAUGCUGGAGCAAGCGAGAGAACCGGCCAUACUACUUCAACCGCUUCACCAACCAGUCACUGUGGGAGAUGCCAGUCCUGGGACAGCAUGAUGUCAUUUCUGAUCCUUUGGGCCUAAACGCAGCUCCUGCCUCAGGUGAGGGAGCAGGUGAUGGCAGCUUGGGCAAUGGGCAGCGCAAGAGGGGCCCCUCAGAGGAGGCCUCUCAAGGGGGCCCUAACAGUUUCAAGAGGCCUAAGGUUGAGAUUCCUGUAACUCCAACCACCCCCACAAUCCCUAUAUCGCCCAACACACCUGGAGCAAAGCCGUGGAACUCCAGCUCAGAAGACAAACAAGGUCAAGCCACAACUCCUGUGCCUGCCCCUUACCGGCCUUCUGUUGUGUAUUGGGACCUGGAUGUUCAGACCAAUGCCGUGAUAAAAGAACGCACCACAUUCGACUACCUCCCUCCCCACCCCGAGAUUGAGCUGCAGCGCGCCCAACUUACCACCAAGCUCCGCCAGCACUACCAUGAGUUGUGCUCCCAACGCGAGGGCAUAGAGCCCCCACGGGAGUCGUUCAACCGCUGGCUGCUGGAGAGGAAGGUUGUGGACAAAGGAGUGGACCCCCUGCUCCCCAGCGAGUGCGACCCCGUCAUCUCACCCUCCAUGUUCCGAGAGGUCAUGAACGAUAUCCCCAUCAGGCUGUCACGCAUUAAAUACAAGGAGGAGGCCAGAAAGCUUUUAUUCAAAUACGCAGAAGCAGCCAAGAAAAUGAUUGAUUCCAGAAACGCCACCCCUGAUAGUAGGAAGGUUGUGAAGUGGAAUGUUGAAGACACGAUGAACUGGCUGAGGAGGGACCACUCGGCCAGUAAAGAAGACUACAUGGACCGCCUGGACCACUUGCGCAAGCAGUGUGGCCCUCACGUGACAGCUGUCGCUAAGGACUCCGUGGAGGGGAUCUGCUCUAAGAUAUACCACAUCUCCACAGAGUACGUGCGGCGAAUCCGCCAGGCCCACCUCAACCUGCUGAAAGAGUGCAACAUCACAGUGGAUGGAGCGGAGAGUCCAGAGGUGCAGGACCGGUUGGUGUAUUGUUACCCAGUGCGACUGUCCAUCCCAUCCCCACCCCAGCCGCGUGUUGAACUGCACUUUGAGAAUGACAUCGCCUGCCUGCGCUAUAAAGGAGAAAUGGUGAAGGUCAACCGUGGACACUUCAAUAAACUGGAGCUGCUGUAUCGGUACAGCUGUAUUGACGAUCCAAGAUUUGAGAAGUUUCUGUCACGUGUGUGGUGCCUUAUAAAAAGAUACCAGGUAAUGUUUGGAUCUGGUGUAAAUGAGGGGACUGGCCUACAGGGGGCACUGCCUGUUCCAGUGUUUGAAGCCCUCAACAAACAGUUUGGAGUCAGUUUUGAGUGCUUCGCCUCCCCCCUCAACUGCUACUUCAAGCAGUUUUGCUCUGCCUUUCCUGACAUUGAUGGUUUCUUCGGCUCUCGAGGGCCAUUUCUGAGCUUCUCCCCUGUCAGUGGUUCUUUCGAAGCCAACCCUCCCUUCUGCGAGGAGCUCAUGGAUGCCAUGGUCAUGCACUUUGAAGAGCUUCUAGAGCGCUCCAGCGAGCCUCUGUCCUUCAUCAUCUUUGUUCCAGAAUGGCGUGACCCCCCAACCCCAGCCCUGACACGGAUGGAGGCCAGUCGCUUCCGCAGGCACCAGAUGACAGUGCCUGCCUUCGAACAUGAGUACCGCAGUGGCUCUCAGCAUAUCUGCAAAAGAGAGGAGAUGUACUACAAAGCCAUCCACGGAACAGCUGUCCUCUUCCUGCAGAAUGACGCUGGCUUUGCCAAGUGGGAGCCCACUACUGAAAGGAUCCAGGAGCUCCUGGUGGCCUAUAAGAUCUCUGGGCGCACACUCUCCUCCCCUGGGCCCUCCUGUGCUGUGGCCGGUGACAGAGACUUCAAACCAGGUCAUGAGCGUUCAGCGAGCUUGGACACCUCAGGAGGCCGAGACAGCAGCAGUCCCGUAGACAAGUCUGCGCCGGAAAUGGCAAACGUAUAAGUGUGUGGGGGGUGGGGGGGUGGUUGGGCAGGGCAAAGACAGCUUUGAGACAAAGCUGAAAUUGAAUGUGUGCUAAGCUGGUUUGUGAGAGAGAAUGAGGGAGGGAGAGAGAGCAUCAUGGUUCUUUACUUUUCUCUGCCUCUACUAUUUAAAGUUAUUCUAGGUUUUUGUUAAUAAUGUUUUUGGGUGUGUUUUUUUUUUUUUUAUCAAUGUAGCGAUUGUUUCGCCACUAAUUAUCUUUUGCUGUUGUUGCCGUUACCAUCUGAUAAAACAUGUUAAUUCUAGUUAAGUCCUUAAUUCUAUGGCCUUUCUAAUUUUGUGCUUUGCUUCCUGGCAGAGCUGUUUGUGUCAUGUUGAGUUCCAGAAUUUAAGGAGGGAUCAAAAUGUCUCCCUGAAUUCUAGUCCAGAAUUGUGCAUUGAUGUGUUGAUCUUUUUUUUUUUUCUUCCUACUGCAACAGAAGGGAGGUGGAACAGCAAGUAGGCAGCUAUGUUUAUAAGCAUUUAAAAGAAGAUAAACAUUACACAAUAGUUGUAGGCCUUGUACAUAGUUAUUACCUGUGCAAGCUCCAGCUCACUGAGCUCACGUGCUGUAGAUGCUCUUCAAAAUGCUCUUUCAAUCUCCAGUGAUCCCUUUCUCGGACAAAGAACUGUAUGGCUUCUUCAAGAUGGAAAUGCACAAGUUGGGAAGAGAACUGCAGUCAAGGUCUGUUUUGAGUUCGUUUUUAGAUGAAAAGGGUUUAAUGUUUAUAAAUUUGUUUCUACUAGUUGUUCCACUCAUACCUUUGUUUCUAAAAUAUGCACAGAGGAUAAUAAGAAGUCUGAUUGGCAAUGUUUACUUGUCGGUAAUAAAUUGCUUCACUGUUUUGUAUCUUUUUGGAGCUGUAUAGUAAAUGCUUGCUAUAGCUUUGGUAAGGUCUUUCCUCCUUUGGCCAUAUCAUCUUGUCAUAGAUGACCAAAUGAGUUCCAUUUGGGAAAAAAGGCAAAAUCUACAGUCACACAUGCCUUGCAGUUAACUGAAUCCAUUGAAAAAAAAAAAUUUGCUGCAGUUUAAGAUUUGUCAGCGCAGCUGGUAAUUUGCUUACACUUGUGAUCUCUUGUUCAUAUAUUGAUGGAGGUUACCUCUUAUGUACUAGGCUUAAAGGAGCAAGCAAUAGCUUAACCUAGAAAAGGAAGACUUUCAAGUUGAUAUUGCAUGUCAGCAAUAGUUGAUCCAUGUUUUAGAACUGGUUUCUAAUUUAUUUUGUCAUUGAAAACAGCAUUCUCAAAGCAAAUUGCUAAAUGUCUUGGUUUUUCAGUCCCGUUUCUGUUAGAUAUGCAUUUGUUCGUUUACACCAGUACGAGAUUAAAUCUGAUCACUGGGCAGCAUAUUGAAUGUAAAUUAACAAAGAAAAGGGGAAAAAAAGGAACUUGAUCCUAAAUCUUACCCUCACCCAAUUUUAUAUUUACGGUUAGAAUUGGCUGUUUGUUGCAAUUAGUAACACACUAACGUGGUUGGGUUUUGGUAUUCUAAUGCUUAUAUCUAGUAUCAUAUUCUAUGUAUUGUAUGUUCUCACCUCCCUCUGUAUAUAUCUCUUAUUUUUUUAUCUUUCUUUUUUAAGCAAUUAAUUACAAUGACAAAGUUAAAGGGUUGGGGAACAACUCGUGUUCAUGCUGUUAAAUUAGUACAGCAUUCUGGUGGCUGGGUUCAGAAUGUAAUCUGGCUUGUCAUUGUUAACCUCUAACUCCCUAAAAGUAAUUUAUAUUCCCCUUCUCAUUUGAGCAUUUAACACCAGAUGGAUAUUUCAUUCCGGGGGUGUGUAUCGUCACCAGCAAAACUGUAGAUAUUGUACAGAAAAGCAUUAUGAAGUAUGAGGGGUUUUUUUGUUUUUGUUUUUUUCUGCUACAAUUGUGAGCGCUUUUGGGAAAAGAGUAUUGUACAUGUCUUUCUUCAUGCUUUUUAUUUGUUUUAAUUAGACAUUUUUUAAGCAAAUCUGUUUAUGAAUUAUACAAUUUAUAAAAUAGAAGUCAUUUUAAACUAAACCAAAGUGAUAAAGAGGAGAAAUUUAUCUUGUAUGUAAAAGUAGAACUCUGUAAGGACAGUAAUGCGUAGUGUAACCAGCAAAAUGACUCAUUAUUUUUGUAUUUCUUCUUUGCUUUGUUCCAUUUUGUUUUAUUUCCUCUGUGUGAUCAGUUUUUCAAAAUCAAGAGUAAUUACAUGUAGAGAGCAUCAUUAUUGCAUUAGUCAGUAGGCUUUGUCAUAAGUCUUUGUUUUUCCGAUGGGUCUGCAUAUAUUUCUGUUUGUAUUAUGAUUGAUUUUACCCUGUAUAGUCAGUUGCAUUUUUUUUUUUACCUUUUUUUAUUAUUAUUAUUAGGGAUUUUAAUUUUAUUUUAGCACCAUGAAUGUUUCCCUUACUCUAAUUUUGAUAUUUUGGACAAAGGUAAAAUGAAUGUAAAUAAUCAUUGUGCUCAAAUCAUUGGUUUCCUCUUCCUGUAUAUUAUCAGUGUUGUGACAUUUCUCAUCUUUUGAAUCAAUAUGAAGAUUACAUCUGGGUCGGUUUUGCUCUCAGUAAACUAUAUUGAAACCAUA